GUGCAAGUCCACGAGUCAGCUGAGCAGCACCGAGCUCCUGCCAGUGGAAGUGUUGGUGGAAUUCGGUUCCGAUUUCAGCCCCGACUCUCUGCUCCUUCCUCGUGCCCCGUUCUGGCUGUCGGCAGCUCCUCAGCAUCACACCGUGGUCAGGAACAUCUCAAUUCAUUUUCAAACAUCCUCUUUUAGCUGUAGCCCUCUCUUUGUGUUCAAAAACCGCGCCCUCUCCCAGUGGGAUCACUUCUGUUUUAUGAGUUCAAAAUGCUGGGGAGUUGCAUCAUGAGCACAUCAGGCUUCUUGUGCACAGGCAGCAGUGAGGAAAGGCUGGGGAACCGUCUGCCCCCUCCCAGCAGCUCUGCAGGACGGCUCUGGGCUCGGGGAAAUCCAUCUUGGACCUGGCUGGGCUUGCUUAUGAAGUACAAUCUGUCUGAAGUAGCCACGAUGAGGAAGAGACCUGGCAGCAGAAGGGAUGUUACAGAUGAAGCAGCUGAUUAAAGCCCAUCCUGUACCUUCAGAAUGAUUUUUGUGGACAUGGGCUCCAUGGAACUCUGGUGAUCCCUGCUGCUCACACUUGUCACCAUGCUGGCAGAAGGCAUCCUAACGAGGCUCAUCUACAGAGAAAGCUGUCAUCAAGAUAAGCCUCGCAAAUCCCCUGCAUCCCAAAAGGCCAAAGAGGGAAUCUGGAGACAGAAACUUGUAGACAUCCCAAGAAUUAAAGGCUUUGCUGAUGGAUGUGAGGAGCGGGAGGAGCUCUCUGCCAGAAGCAGCCAAGGGGAAGCCGGGAGCAGCCCCCGAUGGGGAUCCAUAGGGAAGGAGCCUGCGAAGGAUCAGGGAAUGCUGCUUAAAGGCACUGCAUCCCCAGCUGUACACAUCCCCAGGAGAGGAGGGAGCCUGGACCAGGUGGAUUUGUACAGAUCCUGGCCUUGCAACAGCAUUUACCAGAACUACCCUGACCUGCAGAUCGGGGGGGACCGCGUGGGGGGCCCCACGUGUGACUCGGGCUGUGUCCUGGACCGCGGGUGUGAUGAGCUCCCCGACGGGCCUGUGCUGCUCUCCAUAGACAUUCCCCUGGGUCAGUCCCCUCUGUGUGAGCAUCCCAAAAAGCCCACUGGGAUGUCCCUGCCUGCAGAUGAAGCUGGAGAAAGGAGCCUCCUGCUCAGCGAGGAGCCCCUGUCCAACUCCACGCUCAACAAGUACAUGGAGGCCAAAGUGGCAGAGCUCUACAAACAGUUUUUUGAAGAAAGCCUGGCCAGGUGUGGUUCCAUAACAAACCUGCUGACCUGCAGCUGGAUAAGGAACAGCCUGGACCAGAUAAGUGUUCAGAUCUCCCAGGAGCAGAACAUAGAAACCUCCAGAGCCAGGGGAGCCCUCCUGCACUCGUUGGCUUUGUUCAGCUCCCGCAACGCUCCCAACAGGAACAGCUCCGAGUUCAGCACCCCAAACCUCCAAAUCUCCAACACAGGGGCUGCAAAAUGGAGCUGCAGGAUGGAAUUCACAUCCUGACUGAGCUGCUCAGCUCAGGAGAGGGAUGGGAUUCAGGUAUGAGUGAUUCACUGCGAGGAUUAGGUUGGGAAAUGGAAACAUUUGCACACUACACUUGUUCUAGUUAAUAUUUUGAGUUUUAAACCCCUUUGGUAGCAGGACAAGUAAAGGUCAUUGUUUUCUGGUUUUUAAUGGAGAAUUUGAAAUUAAUUUCUCUCCAAAAUGCUGGUUAAUCAUAAUCAUUGUUUUUAUGAUAUAUAUAGAAUCAUAGAACUGUUGAAGUUGGAAAUGACCGCUAAGAUCAAGUCCAACCAUCAACCCAGCACCACUAAAUCAUGUCCUCAAGUGCCACAUCCACACAUAAAAGCAUUCAUUUUCUGCAAAAUCAGCAAGCAAAGAUGACUGCAGCAUUCCUGAAAAAAUAGUGCAAGAUUCCUGCAUCUUCAUUUGGAAAUUUAAAUGCAGAUUUUCAUAUGGAAAUACUGCUGUUUAGCACUGAAACACAUUUUCUCCCUUUGCUCUGGCUUCUCAGCAAAUAUUUCAGCUGGAAAUUAUUCAUUAUGUCACCACUGUAAAAUGAUCGAUGAAUUGGACUAUUACCUGCUCUGCAGAAAUUUUUUUU